GUUCAGGGCCAGUACCAGGUGAUACCGGCGUACUACGAUCAGAAUGGGUCCAUCGUGAUGGGAGGAGUACGGGGUUUGGGAUCGGCAGCGACCCCCAUGAGACUCGUAAGUCCAGCACCGGUGCUGGUCAACAGAGCUCCGUCCCAGCCUCCACCUGGACCGCCGGCACCACCUCCGCCCAGCCUCUACUCUCAGCCGACCCCGACGUCACACAGCAACGCCACUCCUGGAGAAUGCCUAGGUCUUGCAGCGUGCAGCGCUGCAGCGGCGGUAGCGCAGGCGCAGGCGGUGGCGGUGCAGCAGGCACAGCAGCAAGGAUCAGGCUUGGCUGCAGGCUUGGCCGCUCUGGGUUACGGAGGCUCGCCGCUAGGGGCGCUGGGUUCGCCGGCGCAACUUCAGAGCACAGGUUUGGGACUAGGAGCCUCCUCCACCGGAAGAAGAGACUCCUUCGACAGGAACACAUCCGCCUUCAGCCCCAGCUUGGAGUACAGCCGUGCAAAAUGGCCCCAAAGCUAUGGCGCUCUCGGAACGGUGACGGCGUCGCCCAGUCCUUUGGGGUUGUCGUUGACUCCGCCGCCAACCUUGGGAGGUUCCCUGGGAGGCCUCGUAGGUGGCGCCAGCCGCGUCUCCGCAGCGCCCGGCGCCGAAGCGAAGUUCCGGGCCAACGCCGUGCCAGCCCUCACAGCAAAUGGGGUCUUCGGAUCCAGCAGCUCUCUCUUCCCGAAUCUGGUCGGCAAACCCGGCCGUGGAGGCGCCCCGGGUGUCGUGGGCGAGAAGAACACCGGAGGAAGAUCGCGUCUCCUGGAGGACUUCAGAAACAAUCGAUUCCCGAAUCUUCAACUACGCGACCUGGCCAAUCACAUAGUCGAGUUUAGUCAGGAUCAGCACGGAUCGCGAUUCAUCCAGCAGAAAUUGGAGCGUGCCUCCGCCAACGAGAAGCAGCUCGUCUUUCAGGAGAUUCUGGCAUCCGCUUACUCUCUCAUGACCGAUGUCUUCGGCAACUAUGUCAUCCAGAAAUUCUUCGAAUUUGGCACCCCCGAACAGAAGUCUACACUCGCCCAGAAGGUUCGCGGCCACGUUUUACCUCUGGCCCUGCAAAUGUACGGCUGCCGGGUGAUCCAGAAGGCGUUGGAGUCCAUCGGGCCCGAACAGCAACAGGAGAUCGUGCGCGAACUGGACGGCCAUGUCCUGAAAUGCGUUAAAGAUCAGAAUGGUAACCACGUCGUGCAGAAGUGCAUCGAAUGCGUGGAGCCAAGAGCCCUGCAGUUCGUCAUCGGCGCAUUCGCCGGCCAAGUCUACUCUUUGAGCACGCACCCAUAUGGAUGCAGAGUCAUACAACGCAUCUUGGAGCACUGCACCCCGGAGCAAACCCAGGGCAUCCUCCAGGAGCUGCACACCGCCACCGAUCAGCUGAUACAGGAUCAAUACGGAAAUUACGUGAUUCAGCAUGUCCUAGAACACGGCAAGCCCGAGGAUAAGGCUCAACUGAUAAGCAGUGUCAGAGGUAAAGUGCUCGCACUCUCUCAGCACAAGUUCGCCAGCAACGUCGUGGAGAAGUGCGUGACGCACGCCACAAGAACAGAGCGCGCUGUUCUCAUCGAGGAAGUGUGCGGCUUCAACGAUAACUCCUUGAACGUGAUGAUGAAGGACCAGUACGCCAACUACGUGGUGCAGAAGAUGAUAGACGUGGCCGAGCCGGCGCAGCGCAAGGUGCUGAUGCACAAGAUCCGACCGCACCUGGGAAGCCUGCGCAAGUACACCUACGGAAAGCACAUCAUCGUGAAGCUGGAGAAGUUCUUCAUGAAGACGGCCUCGGCGAUGGGAGUGGCGACGCCCUCGGGCGGGUCGACCGGGGCGGCGGACCUGGGGCCGAUCGGGCCCCCGGCAUCCGCCGCGGGUUCCGUGCCGACCCCGGCGCAGCAGCCCACUCAGGUUUUAUAAGCUCCGACGCCGAGACGAGCAGUCCCCCUCGCACGCCCGGGUUAGACCUUGAGGAGAAAGCCAGAAGACCACCCAAGACCGGCCAAGGUAGCGCCAGUGUCGCGCCGAUUCCCGCAACUCUCGCGCCUGGAGGACGAGCGUCGUCUCCGUCGAGGGGCAGACGUGGGGAAGCCAAGAGCAGAGGUCGAGCCCCGGGGCGAGGCCCUGCCGGAAUCGGCCCGGCACUCGCGAGGUUAACGGAGCACGCGAGCAGUUCCGCAGAGUCGAUGGUUAGGAAGUCUCGAGCCAGUGGAUGUUCCAUCGACGAACGAGCGAGGAGAGGUGCAGGAGGUGGAGCCGUCGCCGAGGCGCGAGGCCAGGUCCUCGUGGACGAGGCUCCUAGGGCGUGGCGACGCUCCUCUUAGAGAUAGACGGCCGUCGAGCACGGGGAGUCGGGUCGGGCCGGGUCGAGCGCGUCGACCUCGCCUUCCGCGAUGACGACGGCCUCCUCGGUCGGCCCUUACCCUGGUCCCCGGGGCUCGGCCGCCUCGAGUAAGGAGGAUAUUAACUCGGCCGGAUGUCAGACGUCUAGACGGCUAGGAUAGACCUUAGUUGGCUGCAUGCAUUUAACAAUUUGUACGACGGUCGCGACGGCGACGGCACGGCGCUGCGGUCGCCACCUCGGAGCCGCCAUUUCGGAGCCGGCCGUUUGAAAGUACCGGGCGACCUCGUCGACCUCGACCGAUUAGGGAGUGCCGUGUCCUCGACCGUAGCGCCGCAUAUUGCGAGGGGAGAAAAAACCCUAGUAUUAUCGUUGUGUACGGUUUCGGCGUCUAGUGCCGAUCGGCCUUAAGAUCGGAGACAAGAGGCGAACUCGAUAGAGAGGUUAGGCGUCACCGGACCUUGCCCGUCUGGGAACCCCCCUUUCUUUGCUUUCUAUUUUUUCCCCUUUUAAGCGUUUCCGAGCGCGCGUCUUGACACGGGAGUGGGAAAGUCGAGCAUCUCUGACCCAAUCGAUGGACCCCCCACGGGGGAAACCGGUGCCCGGACUCUCGGAACGUUUACCUUCCUCGUUUAUUAUCUGAUCUUCUACUUCACACCUGGGAGUCGUCCAUAUAACGAUUACCACGGUUUCGCAGCGUGUCCCCUCUUCAUUUUGGGAAUAGCUUCGACGGCGGAGCCAAGACGCGCGAGCGCCCGAGACCUCCUCGCUGCAGAGUACGUUUACACCGGUUACCUCGCCGCGGUUUUAGACGCCUACCGGUGUUGGACGUGUAAACGCCGUUUUACUCUGGUCAUACCGGUAACCCUGGCGUAAGACGAUUAACCCCGGCGGGUAUAAACCUAGGUAAAGUAGCAGGGGUAAACGUACUCUCGUCGUCCCGGAAUUCCUACCCCGGGCGACGGAGAAGACCGUCACGGGAGAUGUAUAAAAUUAUCGGCUCCGUUUCUCCUGGAUAUAUUACUUCGCCCCUGAUUACUCCUCCCUCCCCCUUACCUUCGAGCCUUUCUUUUUUUACGUUGACCCACGAGCGAGAAUCGCGAGAUAUCGUCCCCUCUCCCUCUCCCCCCUUUCCCGGCAACAGCGCCACUCCCAAUGGUUCUCCUCUUCCCCCCAAAACCCACACGGGAGACUCCUCGAAUUUUGUAAAUUGUGAUAUAAAUAAUUAACGAUGUGUAUAGGUUCAACGCGUCCACCCUCCCCUCUCCGCGAGCCCCUUCGUGGCCUCGAGGCACCGGAAAUUCGUCGUUUCGUGUCGUUUUAUCCCCCCCAAGCCCCAUCCAGCCCUCUUUUAAACGGACUCUGUGAAUAUUGUGUAUUAUACUAAAUGGUAAUUAAUUAAAUUUAACUAUGAGUUAACCCGCCAUCCAUCGAGAAACGCCGCUGUGCCCCGAGUCGACACACGCGACAUCUUACGUCACCGUUUCCCCAUCGGAACGCCCGCCAUCUUUUAUCGAAUCCACUUGUAGAAAUUUCUCUCAUCCCCCCCAGUCCCCACCGAAUUGUAAGAUAGGACACUCUUUUGACCGCGGAAGACGCUCCGUUGCCAAGGUACAUCCCCCUUUUAUCCCCGUUUCACCCUGAACGUCCCGCCACCCCGACCCACCUCGCACAUUUAGCAUUUACUGCCGCCCGUUUGAUGGUACGAUUGAACGCGAUCAAGACUCAAUUGUAUAUUGUGUAAAUGAUAGAACGCGAUCGUCUCCGUGGCGUCGACGAAGUCGGCUCGCGCGGCGCGCUACAGGUCGUUUCGUCCGAUUUCCUCGGUUUAAUUGCCCCCGCCAUCUUUGUAGAGACACCCACUUGCACGGCCCGCCGACAGAGCCCCUCGCGGCCGUCCCGCCAAGCUGGCCGGAGGUAGAGAGGCCAUCGAGAAGAGUACGUUUGCAAAAUCAAGGAUUCUUUGUACAAAUACGAUAUGUAUAUGGUUAUUAACUGACGACGUCAAUGAGGAUAGGAGGGUAUCCGUCUUUUUUUCUUUUCUCUCUGCCGAAAGUCUCGUCGAAGGGACGACACACACCAUUCGUUACGUCGCAUCGUCUGUAAAUUUAGUGGCGAUUAGAGAGUGCAGGGGAAGUUGUAUAGAGAAUUUCGAAUGUGUGAUCCCUAUUGUCUCUUAGCCCGUUCGUCCCUGUCGCGCGAUUCAAACCGCGGGAAAGCCUCCGGCGAACGAGGAGAGUCGGCCGACUAUCCGGGAAUCCUUGUCCACGGGUCGAGGAAAUGACGAAUAGAGACGAAAAGGCGGAAAUACGAGAAGACACGAAGGUCGCCACAGAGCCGCCGGAAGUGGGAUCCGGCCGAGUUGCGCGCCUCCACCCUCCCCGCGAGCCGCGUGUCCACUCUCCUCUUGUACAAUGUAUAAAUAUUUCGUUAUAGAUGUUAAAUAGAUAUUCGAGAAAUGGGAACACGAGGCGCGCAACUCGCGGACCGCGUUCGAUUUCUUUUUCUUUUUUUCUUUCUCUUUUUCCUUUUCUCGUUUGUAAAAAGAAGGAACACACACACACGCCCGGCCGUUGCGUCUCGGACGGAGGGAAAGAGACGGGGCAGAGGAAGGGCGCGGCUUUCUUUGUAAGAUAUUGUAAAUAACGAUUUAUUAAUGGGAUUUUUGAGAAAUUUUCUAGGUGGAACUUUUCAGCCCUCUGUCGUGUCUCUUUCUCUCGGUGGCGGCGCGUCGACGCGUCUCCGGGUUCGCGCGGAGGUUCUACCGCGGAGAGGAACGAAGGGAUGGUUACAAAAUUGAAAUAGCUCCCUCGUAACGGCUUCCUCUUCUUAACACUGUAACGAGACGUUAUCUCGAUUGUCUCCCUUGCUUCCUAUUUGUUUUCAUUGUUCAUUUAGACCGUCGGUGUCAGGAAGAGCAGCGGCGAUAUCUAAGCGCGGCUCCUUUGGUCUUCGCCAAAGGCUCUUCGUUGUCCUUCUAAUUGGCAUCGCUGCGAGCAUGCUCACCUUUUCGUUUUUGGCAUUCGUUUCCUUAGCCAUGGCCCUUCGCCAUUUUGGAUCCGUUGCGUUGCCGUUAGCGCUCCAUCGUUACUCGCUUUAAGCAAUGGUGAUAUCCCGACCGAUAUCGAGUUCUUUUAGGGCGCGAUUUAUUCUCUACUGGAAGGUCACCGCCAUGUAUCCGCAUCGUUUUUAGUUACUUCGUUUAAUAGACAGCCGCAGUUGGCGUGCAUUUACUCCUCCUCGACCGUAGGGAACUUAGUUUUUAGCACGUUUGCGCGUUAGAUUUUAGACGCCGAGAUGGAUCGCGCUAAUCCGGGUUAUUCGGGACUGAACGACUUAAUUCCUGUGUCUUCGUCUUCUCCCGGAUAAGUUUCGGACGUUAACGACGUCGCGAGCUGCCCGUUAACUAGCAGGAACUCCGCUAGAGGUUCCACCGUCACCUUCGAUCGCUUAUCCGACGAGGAACCGUUCCCUAGGGUGCUCGUGUUGCGCGAAGUCGUGCAAUGGAAGACGACCCACCACCGCUCAUUUUCUUCUUCGAAAGUCACCCGUCCUCAUUUAUACCGAUCGCAUCUCUGAGAUCAUCUUGCCGGUGUUUCCGGAAGCGUCCUCCAGAGGGCGAUGUCGAUAGACGGCACGUUGGAUUGGUUAGGUUCCUCGUGGAAAAGGCAAAAUUGUAAAAUGCGCCCAAAAGAUGAAGCAAGGAUUGAGGAAACUCCGUCCUCUCGCCUUCUACGCGGCCAUUUUUAGUAAUUUUCCGGUUUUAUAGAGAAAUCUACACGUCCGUCGUGAGGAUUCCCUCUCGGGGAACUUCCGUAAAUGCCGAUUUCGUUGGGAACCGCCAGACAUACAUUCCACCCCACUUCCCCGUUCAGGGCAGACGUUUAAACGAGUUCUAUAAAUGCGACCCUCGGCACAUCAUCGCUCUUGUAUUUAAGGAAUGAUGAGAGAAUAGUUCCUUCGUCUCUGUAAAUCACGCGUCACCUUCUUUGUGUAAAUUUGAGAACGUUAAGGCAGACUCGCCGAGAAGGCGCAACCGCGGCGACGGCCUGCGCGCGCAUCCCCCCCCACCACGACUCCAGAGCAGCGAUCUCAUUGGUCGACUCGUCGCGGGCCGUCUACGAGGAAGCGGGAGAGGCUUAGACCAUGUAACAGACUUUAAUAACUAAUUAGAUUGUUAACAUAGACCGUUAGUAAUGGCAAAAUGUACGUCCAACCGGAAUUCCGGUCACCCCCGACAUAUAAGUUCAAAAUACAACAUAAAUCAGUGGAUAAAAAGAGCGUGCUUUGGAUUCAAUUGGACAACCCAACAAUAUAUGAUACAAAAGAAGAAAAAUAUGUACAAAAGGAAAUUUAUUAUAUGAAACAGUAGAAACUUCUGCGGGAAAUGUCAUGUCCUAUAUCCGGAAUUUCAUACAAGACCUCGAGUACUUAUUGCAUUUACAUGGAUAAGUAAAAUCAGCUCCAGUAUUCCAGCAGACUUGAAUGCAACAAUACAGUGUCAUUUUGAAAUUCUUUUCAAAAAUUAACCAUUUUAAACCAAAGUAUCACAGAUAUACAGACAUGGGGUGGACAACAUCAUGUCUAUACGACGCAGGUUUAUUUCCACUGUUAGCAAUCUAGUUUUUAACAGAUAUCUCUGUGCGUCAGUAACACAAAGUGCAUCGCGUUAUCGCGAUGGGGAUAAAAAACUAACCGGAACAACGCUUGACCUCGUACGUCACAUCUAAUGCGGUUUUUGUUGGUUUUUUAACCGCAACGCGUUGACGCGCCGCAUUCUGUGCGCCACCCGGCCCUCUUGCGUCUAAACCUGAAACCUUGCGACUCUCCUGUUCCUCGAGACAGCCCACAAGUAACUCGGCAUUUCAAUUUGCUAGUUAAAUCCUGAGUCGAUACAUACUCGUUGACUAUCGAUUGCAAGAUCCCCUCGCCAUUGAUUUUCGCCGGCCCCCAACAAUCGUAGCGCACGGUUAUAUAUAUUCUCCUGAUUUUUACGCCACCCCUCUAUUGAUUAUUCGGUAAUGACUAAUCGCUAGACAUUAUAUAUAUAUAUAUUAUACAUAUAUACAUAUAUACAUAAACAAGCCUCUCACGUAAGACUAUAAAUACGGUAUAGAAGCCCGCCUUUCUCAAUUUCCCCUCCCCGCGUUAUCAGGAAUUUCCUUCCCCUCCCUCUCGUCCCUUCGACCGUUGAGUGAUAAGUAAGCCCCUUUACAACCAUUUAAGCCGACGAGAAACCCUCAAAACCAGUCGAUCCUAAAAAAACACAUUUUUUUAAGGAUUUCCCCCCGAACUGCCUGAAAUUUCAACAUACUAUACAUGAGCAUGUAAGGGAUGUCCCCACUAUCUCAGAUUGUUAAUCUUCAAACAAGACUUAGGUUAAUCCAAGGAUACUUUGUUGAAAGUAAUUAUUUUCAAAGUGUCGGGACAUUUGUUAAGGUCUCAGGAGUGAUGUGCUGAGAUUGCCGGCAUUUCGUAGGAGUAGCCUUUAAAAAAUGCGUUUUUUUAGAUUAAUUGUCAGACUGGUUUCCGAGGGUUUCGCCCCGCCUUAAGGUUUAGUAGACGAGCGUGUGGUAGGGCGUCCAAUCGCGCGCCGUGCACACCUCGUUCGCUAUUGUCUCUUAUCUACUUAAAUAAGCCACUUUGGGGAAAUACUUAAAAAAAAAACAAGAAAGAAAAACAACCGACUUUUGAUUAUAAAUAGUGUAAAUUUUUUAUAUAGAGCGCGCGCGCGAGAAAACGUAUUAAUAUUAAACGGCUGGCGGGCCGAUCGCUUGCGAGCAAGCGUCCGCGAUGGCGCCGCCAUCUUGUGUAAAAAGGAGUGAAACACCGCAUUCGGACACAUACACACAGCCUUUUCGACAUUUUCGUUUAGUUUAUAUUUCAUUUCUUUCCCUAAGAAGGACAACAAGACGGUAAAGAAAAGCUGCGCACGUGUAUAAAAUACGUCUCAUCUCGUUCGAACCUCGCGCUCGCCUCGCGAAUCGCGAGAGUCGCGUAUACAUUUUAUAUCUCAUUCCCUUGCGUUUCUCCUUCGAUCUCGUUGGUUUAAUGUUUUGCGUAAAGGAGGAGCCGAGUUCGAGUGGCGUUUCGUUUGCGUAUAUAGCCCCCGAUUCGGCGAUUCGCGAGGCGAAUAUUAGUCGUAGCGUUAACGCCAUCUUGGUCUUCGUUGCUUUCGCUCCGCCAUUUUCUCUUCCCCCUGCCUGGCCCUCUUUGUUUAUCUCUCCCUCCAUUUUUUCUCGCACUCCCAUCUCCCUAUUUAUCCUUGGAUGCGAAGGAGCAGAAGGAAACGCGCGCGGAUAUCGAAAUUCGUCGUUUAGUUACACGUAUCCCCGCGUCUACUUGUAUACUCCGUCUCCGUUCUUCAGCGGCUAAAUAAGUAACUUUCGCUCUCUCGUUUGAGCGCCCGUGCGCCGCCAUCUUGGAGACCAUGUUCGCGUGUCCCGGAAUCGCGGGACGGGAGAUAACGGGGGCCUCCAUUGAUAAGAUGGGAAUACUUAUCUCUCUACUAACUGGAAACCUGAUGCCCAGUUCUGGGAUUCUGUACAUUACUAUUGUUAUUCCAAUGGGCUAACGAUAUCAGUUACUAUCAAUUUGGCGCACAGAAUUCCGACCUAGGGGGCCUAUUCUGUAACUCGUAAUGACUUAUGUCGUUAUCGUUAACCUGUGUUAUUUCAAUCACGAUUUUUGUCCUUACGAGCUCGAGAAUAGGCCUAGAGCGAAAGAGCGUGGCGAUUCGAAGCGACUGCAGCGCCUCCAGUUACGGGCCUGUGAACUAUUGGGCGCGCUUAUGCAUCCUACCUUGCACCGGUUUUAUAACUACUGACGUUAAGUCUCGUGUAAACGCCGUUUUAUCUCGGUUUUACCGGUUAACUGCGUUUAUACGACGCUUAACCCCAGUAGUUAUAACAGGCAGUUGUAAAACUGCACGGAAGAAAAUAUUUCGUAGACCACAUCACAAAAUUCUUUGGUUAAUUAUAUCAAAUUUUGUGGCAGAUAACGUAGAAUAUUAAAGUAAUUUAGUACGUCAUACCAAAGUAUUUGAUUAAUUGUCUAAAAUAUUUUCUUCAAAUUAACGAAACGACUUAACUAAAAGACUUGAUCAAUGAACCAAACUUUUUUUUUUUCCUAAAGACGGUGUAAGAUAGGACGUGUCAGUGUAUAAAAUAUUGUAGCGUCUGCGCAUGCGUUGAAAGCAGCGCGCUGUUCAACGUAACCUAUAUUGAUAUACAAGGAUGUAAGACUGUAUGUUUGUAUGUUCGUGGUGAUAACUUGUACGUUUAAUCCGAAACUACAGAUCAGCGCAUCUCCUUUCGCGCAUGCGCACUAAGUUACUUAGCUCCUCAGUAGUCCCGCAGUCCGUAUUUAGUGGCGCUGGAGUGCCUUCAAUUUGUCAUUCGUAUGCAACAAGAAGUCAGUUAAUCAACAAUCAUCCCAUGUCGAAAGCGCCCAUUCUCGUAAGAUCACCAAAGUUAAGCAACGUGUCGGUACUUGGAUGGGUAACCGCCUGAGGACGCCACAAAAUGACUAAGUCUCCACUGUCCUCUUAAAUCCAGGAUUUACUUGGUCCGGAUCCAGUAAGUCGCAUGUCUCCAUCGCAUCAAUAAAUGCGCAGGCUCGAUCCUGAGCGUUAAGAUUGACACUUAAAUUUGGAUUUACUGGGUCUGGACUGGAUAAAUCCCGGAUUUCGAGUACGAUGGAGACGUAGUCAAUGUUGACACUACAAAAAAAAAAGAGAAACGGAGAUGGAUACGGAAAUCAGCUCCCAGUUAGUACAGAGAUCGGUGGCUGCGCCUUUGUUUACGGCGCAUCUUGCGUGGACCGACUGGCGCGCCGCCUGUCGCUCCAAUGCCGAACUAAACCGCUAGGCACGACCGCAUCCGCCCCAGAAAACGGGGCGCUUCAAAUUUCUACCGUUUUUCACCGACUUUUCCAGCGCACUCGCGACCGCUGUACAUGAUCGAAUAGCUUUUUUCAUACGUUUCUAAUGAUUUGGGGAGCGAGCGGAAGUACUCAGCGCGUCUCGCAUUGGACAGGGGCGCAAGUGGAGUAACGAGGGAAAAUAAAUCUGUCUAUGGCGAAUCCGAUCGAUGCGUCGCUCGGCCUCCGAUGAAAAUAUCAAAUCGGGGGUUUUAUCGAGGCAUGAGGCAAUUUCGAAGGUCCUAUCGUUUUCUAGAAACCUUUUAACGGAACCCUAGAUCACUGGACUAUUAGGUUGAGGAAUACGUUCCCGCCAUUUUAAAGUAACGAACCGUAAUUAAAACGGCGGGGACUUAUCCCUUAACCUAAUAUUUCGGAGUAACGGUGCGAUCCAACUGUCUCGUUCGUUAUUUUUGCGAGUUCGUUAGUUGUCUAAGGUUUAACGGGUUGCCAGGAAACCAUGGAACCUUUCGGAACGAUCCCACGGAACCGUGCCUCUGUUUAUAUUGGAUCUACUGGGAACCACCGACGCGCCAUCUCGAGGCCCGAAAGUCGACUAAUCGGCGCGACGCAUAGAGUUUAAUCAUUCUCGGUAGAAUGAUAGAAAAGGUGAUGAGAAUUACCGUAUUUUGCCGGUAGUGCGAGAAUUUAUGAGAACGCCCAUAAUCAAUUUACCCAUUAGUAAGGUUAUCCACUUAAACAUUCCAUAUACUUUCCAUUAAAAUGUCGCAAUUGUCCGGAAUUACGUGGAAAUCUCACCAGAAUAACCCUAGAAUUUCCCGUAAUGUUCGUGCGACUUUUGUCGGAAGGUCGGACAAAUUGGAGGUUAGAAUCUACCAAUCGACUGUAUAUAGGUAUUAUAAAUCUGAAAAACACCUAAGGUGUAAAAGAAACGUCGCCAAAUCGCUCAAAAAUCCAUUUGGCUGGAAACUCCGCCGAGUUUCUUGGUUGUUAGAAUUAAAGUUUCUAAAACGUUAAAAUCGUAGCUGUAAAUUUUAUUUACUUUCACUCUAAAUAUAAAUAUUCAUACGUUCUCGUAAAUUCUCUGGGGAAAGACGUCUCGUGUUAGUGCCGACAAUUUUGCGGUAAUUCGUCAUAUUCAAUUUGAUUUGAUUUUUUAAACUCUAGCGAUCCGCCGCCUCGUCGAAUCCGGCAAAGUGGAGCGCUGAAACGUUUGUACCGUUUUUCACCGAUUUUUUCAGCCCGAUCUAGCGCCGUAAAUGUAAUAUAUCGUCCUUCCUCGCAUGUUCUUAAAUAAUUAAGGAACAAACGGUGGUCGAGAGGGCGCACGUGUCGCAUUGGAUUCGUCUUAUGUAGAGGAAAAUGUUGAAUCGAAGAGUGCGUCGGGCUCUUCUGCGAAGCGUCCGGCGAACGGAAGUCGUUCUCACGUCUACCUUAACCUUCUCUUAAGGCGAUGUGAAAGUGACGUCGAAGAGGUUUCAUUUAUAAAACUUUUCUCCCAACUCGAUUUACCGAAUAGUU